AAUUUACAGUAUAAAUAAAUAAUAUUAUUAUGGUUUAGUCUGGUUUAGUAUUUUAUUUUGAAGCACCGCUGUCUUCCCAGACGACCGUAUAAAAUAAAUAGUAAAUACCAUAAAUUGUACUGGUAAGGACGCGUUCCUUAUCAUUUAUCAGAGAUCGAAGUAACGAUUGAUCCUCAAAAAGUCAUGUCAAGUUAAUCGUAAGCUGCCGAGAUUUUUAUUUUCAAUUUUUUAUUAUUAAUAAUCAUUAUAAUUCUCCGACCAUGACUUAUAUCAUCUCUGGAUAAUGCACGCCCGCUCGUAUUCGGCCGCGAUUUCACAAACGUUUAUUCAUCACUCAACUUAACUACUGUUGUUAAUCGUUGUUGCUGCGCACCUAACGUGUGUCUAAAAAAACGAUCGUCGAUAAGAAGUUGCGUCGUAUUCGCGAUUGUGGCAACCAUUUUAUCGUCGUUUGAAAUGUUUUCCAAAUAACAGUAGACUGUGAGCUAUGUGCGUUUCAGAGUUUUGUGCACUAAAAGUGCUCGUAUUCGAUUUGUAUUGACUUAUUGAAAAUUAUUUUUUAUGAUAUACGUGAUGUUUUAAAGAAUUACUACUUUUAGCUGUUUGAACUAAAAGACUUCAUUAAUGUCGCAAGAUAUUAGCAAUACUGAUAAAAAACCAACAUGGAUAUUACAUAGCACAGCUGGUGCGUGUAGUGGAGCUUUUACACGUUUGAUUUGUCAACCAUUUGAUGUACUCAAAAUACGAUUUCAGUUGCAAGUCGAGCCUUUAUCGAGAAAUUCGAAUAACUCUAAGUACAAAUCUAUUCACCAAUCAAUUAGUCUCAUAUAUAAAGAAGAAGGUUUUAAGGCGUUAUGGAAAGGUCUUUUACCUGGACAGUUCUUAUCAACUACCUAUGGAUUAACACAAUUUCUAGUCUUUCAAAAAACUUUGGCAUUGCUAUCAAUAACAGAAAAAGAAUUAAAUCAGACCUCUAGUGUUCAUUUUCUGUGUGGGGUUACAUCCGCUACUACUGCUACUUUGGUGUCAUAUCCAUUUGAUGUCGUGCGCACUCGACUGGUUGCUCAAAAAUCUAAUCAGAUCUAUGCAAAUAUGAGAAGUGUGGCCAUAUCUAUGUUUAGGACAGAAGGUGUAUCUGCAUACUACAGAGGGUUUUUUCCUACUAUAAUGCAAAAUGCAUUGCAAGUUGCUCACGACAACCGCAUAAACAGUGUGAAACAAUUUAGUUCUGGAUUUUUAGCGGGUGUAUCAGCAAAAAUAAUUGUGUAUCCACUAGAUGUAAUAAAAAAACGGCUACAAUUACAAGAUUUUAUUCAUUCAAGGGAUGGUUUCGGCAAGAAAUUUAUAUGCAAUGGAUUAUUGAAUUGUAUCUAUGUGACAGUUAAAGAAGAGUCUAUUCGUGGUUUUUUUAAAGGGCUCUCUCCAUCAUUGAUAAAAGCUGGAUUUACAACUGCGUUACAUCUAACCCUUUAUGAACAAACCUUUAAGUUACUUCAAUCUUUAGUCAACAAUUUCUAGUUAUUAGCUAUUAAGUAUUUUAAUAACCAUUUUUUUUUUUUUUUUUUUCAGAAACAUAGU